UUAGUUUUUUUUGUUAAUCACUGGUGAAUAACCCAAUUUUCCAAUCUUACAAAUAAUUAUUCAUUUGAAUAAGGUAAAAUCAGGACUGUUCAUUAUUCGAGCUUGUUUUUUCCGAUAAAAACAACGAAUCAAUUUUUCUUGUUUAUCAUUUAAGCUUGUGACGAAAAAAUGUCCGAUGGAGGAUGUUCUGAAGAAUCGGAAGAUUUUGUCGAUGCAGUUGAUGAUGUUCAAACAACACAGAUUACAAUAAACAUUGCUGAUCUCGAAAAAGAGCCCUACCCAUUGCAUCGUGCCGUGUUUGAGAAUCAGCCAUGCAAAGUUCUAGCGGAAUUAUUAUCGUCCAUUACCGAACGGAACAAAUAUAUUAAAAUUGCUGACAUUGUCAGCCAAAAAGAUGUCCAUGGCAAUACUCCAUUACAUUUGGCCGUUAUGUUAGGUCAUCAUGAUCUUAUAAAUUUUUUACUUCAGCAGAAUUCCCCAAUUAAAACGAAGAAUAUUCAAGGGUGGACACCGUUAGAUGAAGCGAUUAGUUAUGGUGAUCGUAAAAUAAUAAAAAGUAUUUUGUUGCUUGGCCGUAAACAAGCUCGACAAUCGUUGGGUAAUCGAUCACCAAAAUUAAUGGAAACAUUACGAAAGAUAAAAGACUUUCAGAUGGAAUUACGAUGGGAAUUUCAUUCAUGGAUUCCUUUAUUGAAACGUUUCUUGCCGUCAGAUGUUUGUGGUAUAGCCAAACGUGGAUGUUCAUUUCGUUUGGAUACAACCCUUCUAGAUUUUAAUGAUCGCCGUUGGCGGCGUGGUAAUUUAACCUUUUUAUUUCUUGGUGAUAAUGUUGGAAAAAAUUCUUCCACUUCUAAUACAACCGAUCGUCAUUCAUUGGUCAUCAUGGAUAAUGAGCUUAAAGUUUAUCAAUAUAUUCGUUAUAAUGAAGAAAUGGACAUUGAUGAAGAUGUCGACAUGUUGAUGAGCACGGAUUUAGUUUAUCUUCAACCUAACACCAAAGCGAUUUCAUUUUCAAGAGCACAGAGUGGCUGGUUUUUUAAUCGUUACAACAAGACUGAAAAAGUUGGUCAAUUUGAUGCUGAUUUCUACAACAUAAAUGGAUUCACCAUCGAAACGAAAAAACGUCGUGAACAUCUGAGUGAAGAAGAUAUCUAUGCGAAUAAAGCUAUUUAUGAAACAUUAAAAAAAUCUUUGGAACAGCAAAAAAAUCAGCGAAAAUCAUCGCAAAAAUCUUUAGAAGGAUCAUCAUCAUCGUUUGAUGAUAUUGUCCAUGUUGAUCAACUUUCUAAAUCUAAUAAUACACAGCAAUCAUUGACUAAAAAUGGCAGUAAUAACCAGAUGAAUGGUGAUGCAUUUCAUGAAAUAGAAUCAGAUGUUCAGCAUACCAUCGGUGAAGGUGGUGAAGAAACUGACGAUGAAGAAAAUCUCAUCGAGGCAGCAAUGGUUUCGGCCAUGUCCGGUCAAGAGGAUCAAUUACCAAUCAAACCACGAAGAUCUCUCCCACCUCCUCCAAGACCUGAGGUCACCUGGGAGCAAUACAUUAAUUCUACAAAAGGAAUGCCACCAUGCCUUGGUCGUCAAUGGGAUCUUAAAGUACGAACAAAAAAUUUAAAAGCCACCGUUGCAAUGAGUCAAGAAUUUCCGCUGUCCAUCGAAUCAUUGUUGAACAUAUUAGAGGUUUUUGCUACAUUCAAACAUUUCAAAAAAUUAAAAGAAUUCAUCAACUUGAAUUUACCACCAGGAUUUCCUGUUAAAAUUGACAUUCCGAUGAUCGCAACUAUUUUGGCAAGGGUUACAUUCUUGAAUUUUAAUUAUAAUGAUAAGCUUGAUGCUAAUUUGUUUCAAAUUCCAGCCGAUUAUACCGAAGACCCGAAUCGAUUUCCUGAUCUAUAACGAGAUGGUCAAAUCUAACAAAUUUUUGUGAAUUUUUAUAUAAAGAAAAAAGUUGAUAUAUAAUUUUACCCUGUGAUUUACUUUUACUAAAAGAUAAAUAAGGAAUAAUCUUAGUCAUUUUAAUGAAUUUAACCCGAAUUUAGAAUUGACAAUUUUUUAUCAGAAAAAAAACACCGAAUACACUAACAGAAAUCCAUUCAGACAUGUUACCUCUGAAUAUCAUUUUUUAUUCAUCACUUUUUAUUUAUUUGCAAAUUAUUAUUCAAAAUUUUUUCAAAAUUUUAUUGUUUAUAUGCAUGAUUAUUGUUUUAAACACGGAACACAAAAAAAAAAU